AGCCGACUGGAUGAGAAAAGAUAGAGACCGGAAAUGGUCCUGUUUCUUCCUGUCCUAAAUUCGGAGUCAGCGCCCCCAGUGGUCCGGAGGGGAAGUGACGUUGUUGCGGGGAAGAUGGCUACCGCGGCGACUACCCCAUCGUCAGCCACGGCCUCGGCCACGGCCAGGGCCACGGCAGCGGCUCUCGGCGAGGUGGAGGAUGAAGGGCUCCUGGCGUCGCUGUUCCGGGACCGCUUCCCCGAGGCCCAGUGGCGCGAGCGGCCCGAUGUGGGCCGCUACCUCCGGGAGUUGAGCGGCUCGGGGCUGGAGCGGCUGCGGCGCGAGCCCGAGCGCCUGGCGGAGGAGCGGGCGCAGCUGCUGCAGCAGACACGCGACUUGGCCUUCGCCAACUACAAGACCUUCAUCCGCGGCGCCGAGUGCACCGAGCGCAUCCACCGCCUCUUUGGCGACGUGGAGGCAUCGCUCGGCCGCCUGCUCGACCGCUUGCCCAGCUUCCAGCAGAGCUGCAGGAACUUUGUGAAGGAGGCCGAGGAGAUCAGCUCCAACCGUCGGAUGAAUAGUCUGACCCUAAACCGGCACACAGAAAUUUUGGAAAUACUGGAGAUUCCUCAGCUCAUGGACACCUGUGUCCGGAACAGUUAUUAUGAAGAGGCCCUGGAGCUUGCAGCCUAUGUACGCCGACUGGAGAGGAAAUACUCUUCCAUCCCUGUCAUCCAGGGCAUCGUGAACGAAGUACGCCAGUCCAUGCAGCUGAUGCUGAGCCAGCUGAUCCAGCAACUGAGGACCAACAUCCAGCUCCCCGCCUGCCUCCGUGUCAUUGGCUACCUGCGGCGCAUGGAUGUCUUCACUGAGGCUGAGUUGAGGGUGAAGUUUCUUCAGGCCCGAGAUGCUUGGCUCCGGUCCAUCCUGACUGCCAUUCCUAAUGAUGAUCCCUAUUUCCAUAUCACAAAAACCAUCGAGGCCUGCCGUGUCCAUCUCUUUGAUAUCAUCACCCAGUACCGUGCCAUCUUCUCAGAUGAGGACCCACUGCUGCCCCCUGCCGUGGGUGAGCACACCGUGAAUGAGAGUGCCAUCUUCCAUGGCUGGGUGCUACAGAAAGUCUCACAGUUCCUGCAGGUGCUGGAGACCGACCUUUACCGGGGCAUAGGGGGCCGCCUGGACUCUCUGCUGGGCCAGUGCAUGUACUUUGGGCUGUCCUUCAGCCGGGUGGGAGCUGAUUUCCGCGGUCAGUUGGCUCCUGUUUUCCAGCGGGUGGCCAUCAGCACUUUCCAGAAAGCAGUUCAGGAAACAGUGGAGAAAUUCCAGGAAGAAAUGAACUCCUACACACUCAUCUCAGCUCCAGCCAUCCUGGGAACCAGUAACAUGCCUGCUGUUGUGCCAGCCACCCAGCCAGGGACGCUGCAGCCACCCAUGGUGCUCCUAGAUUUCCCACCCCUCGCCUGCUUCCUCAACAAUAUUCUGGUCGCCUUCAAUGAUCUGCGCCUCUGCUGCCCUGUGGCCCUGGCGCAGGAUGUGACUGGGGCCUUGGAAGAUGCCCUUGCCAAGGUAACUAAAAUAAUCCUGGCCUUCCAUCGCGCUGAAGAGACUGCCUUCAGCAGAGGGGAGCAAGAGCUCUUCGUCCAGUUCUGCACUGUCUUUCUGGAAGACCUUGUUCCAUAUUUAAAUCGCUGUCUCCAAGUCCUUUUUCCACCAGCUCAGAUAGCACAGACUUUAGGCAUUCCUCCCACUCAGCUCUCCAAGUAUGGAAACCUCGGGCAUGUGAACAUCGGCGCCAUUCAAGAGCCCCUCGUCUUUAUCCUGCCAAAGAGAGAGACGCUCUUCACCCUGGAUGACCAGGCGCUGGGGCCUGAGCUCACAGCUCCAGCACCAGAGCCUCCCUCCGAGGAGCCACGCCUGGAUCCCGCGGGCCCAGCCUGCCCGGAGGGAGGGCGAUCGGAGGUGGACGCGGAACCGCCCAGCGUGGGGCCCUAGCCGGCGUCCCCAGCCUCCAGAACGCGGGCUGGACCCCAAUGGAGAACAGGUGGCGUGGCAGGCGAGCGGGUGGGCAGCCCGCAUCAUCCAGCACGAGAUGGACCACCUGCAGGGCUGCCUGUUUAUUGACAAAAUGGACAGCAGGACAUUCACAAACGUGUGUUGGAUGGAGGUGAAUGACUAAAGCUUUGCUACUGGGGCUGAGGAUUCCGGAUACCAAGACGCACACUCUUCCACUUUGAGCUGGGCACAUCUUACUUCGCAUCAACUUGGAUGGCUUGCAUAUGACAGGAAACUUGACUGCCAAGGCAUGGCAGACUGAGCUGGAGGAAGAUGUCAGAAAUGUUUGCCCUGAAAUCAGCUAUGAACGGAAUGUUGUUUACAACUUGAGGAGAAAAAUCACCCCCAAAGGAGUGGACGUUUCCUGACAAUUCUGUAUGGAGGAAGGUGGGGUAACUGCAUUCGUCUGCAGUAGACACGAGUUCCUCGGACCUGUAUAAUCUCCCAAAGCCAAGGUUUGGUAAUAAUGUAGCCCCUAAAUAUCUGAAAGCUGUCUUUAAAAAUGCAGGUAAGCGUGUGAUUGGC